UGACCUAUAUGGUAGCCCAUAAUCCUUCUCUCCUCACCGUCGUGCCGACACAUGGAGGACGGUACUGGUCAGCCUCGAGUGGGACAGGACAACGAGGUCCCCACUGCAGCACUGGCUCUCUGUGAACUGGACAAGGGGGACCAGGGCAUAGAAAAGGCACCAGCUCCUUUUAAUGAUGAUUCGUUUACAGCUGAAGAAAAACAAGAUGGAACCAACACAUUGCUCACAUUGAACAUCAAGACCACUGCAUUGGGGAAGUCACAUCUCCGAGAAAGUACUGAGUUGUCUGACCAGGAAGAUGAGCAUACAGCCGAGUCUACAUUAGGAACAACAGACAUCACCAUGGUGGAGUCGCCUUCAGAUGACGUCCCCAAUGGUCGUUCUUCCCCGGCCACACUGUCAGUAGAGGAGACAACACCACCAGCUACACGGGACUGUGAUGGUAAUGGCUCUACUCCCAAACUCACUAAGACAUGCAGGCCUCACUGGAAGUAUCUAGUUGUUAUUGGAUCUUUCUUCACCCAUUUCAUACUCGAGGGGUCUUUCAACGCCUUCGGUGUACUCUUCACCGACAUUUGGAAAUAUUUCGGGGCUUCAAAAAGCAGUGUGGCAUUAGUUGGUUCGCUGUUUGUCUCUCUUCCUCUUAUCGGCGGAGCUGUGGCCAGUCUUGUCGCUAUCAAACUUGGAUGUCGGACUACGGCCAUGGUUGGAGGAGUCGUCACAGCACUUGGAAUACUGGCUAGCGUAUUUGUACAGUCGCUGGGUCUGAUGUACCUGACGUUUGGCUGUCUGGCCGGGAUAGGAGCUUCUUUUCCUUACCUAGCAUGUUCCGUGAUUCUCGAUCAUCAUUUCAGCAGUAAGCUGGGGCUGGUGUCUGGCAUCUCGGAGUGUGGCGCAGGGAUGGGGACGGUGUUUAUGCCCAUAGUGUUUGAGAACUUGUUGGUGACCUAUGGGUGGAGAGGGACGUUGAUGAUUCUGUCUGCUAUCAUGCUGAAUGUAUGUGUAUGUGGUGCCCUAUUUCAGCCAGCUUCACCACCGAGAACGGAGAGAACCCGAGUGAAAAAUCAAGAUGGUAUUUCUACCAUACCUACGCAUGAAAAAUUUGAACAUUUUGUCGGCGAAACCACAUAUCCUACGGAACAUAUUUCACCCUCUAUUCUUCAAAGUUACUGCAAUGAGAAUGAUGUCACCACGGACAAAGAGAAACGCUUCGGUAUAAAGAAUGGAAGCUAUUUGAAGGCAAUCUUGAAAGCCUGUUGUUCAAACUUGAGCCUUCAUGUUUUCACAAACCCUAAGUAUCUGCUCUACACGUUUGCUGUCUUUGUCUUCAACCUCUGGGUCGGCAUUCCCUACGUGUACCUUUCUGACAAGGCCAUAGAACAAGGCGUGGACAAGAAGAACGCCUCCUUUCUCCUAUCCAUCAUAGGCGCUUCGCAGCUAGUUGGCUGCCUCCUCUUUGGAUCUCUAAUGGAUAUCCGCAACAUUAACAAGACCGCCAUGUAUUGUGUCACUGCAGCUCUCUCUGGCACAGCCCUGACACUUAUGCCCCUCUUCUCUACGUUCACACCACUUGCAGUUUUGGCAGCUGUGUUUGGGUUGUCCUCAGCGCCUGCAGACUCCAUGAGUCUAGUGAUGCUGGUGGACAUCAUAGGCUCCGGGCAGCUCAGCUCAGGGUAUGGCUACAUCAUGACUCUGAAGGGCUUCGGGGAAUUGCUAGGCCCGCCCAUUGCAGGGUUGCUGUAUGACGGGUCGGGGAAUUAUGACAACACCUUCUAUGCCGCCGGAGGAUGUAUGAUUGGGUGUGGCGUGCUCUACGGACUUCUGUCAAAGGUGAGGAUAAGACGUUGCACUCAUCCCUCUCCAGAAGUUGCUACUGACGCUCCAGACGUCGUCUCGAGGUGAUGCUGGAUAGCCAUCAAGUGACACCUACUGGCAUCACGAUUCAGGCGUCGUCAGAUGCUUGUCAUCGAAUGCAACCUUCCUCCAUUAUUGAUGUUACUUUUGUGCACAUGAAGACAGGCAGUUUUGCACACACUAUUUGUGGACGUUCUAAUAUAUAUAUAUAAAAAUGGUGUUAUUAAAGUACUAUUGUUGUACAGAUGUAUGCCUGCUGUUGUUUCAAUAUGACGAUCACGUUUGCCAUUUUCUCUUUAACCGAUGCGUAUACAAUGUUUAAACUUUGCACGUAUCAUCCCUUCAAGUGUCCAUCAAUGUUGUUUAAAACAAAUCCUUUCAUGGCAACCUAACUGAAUAAGUCACAGAAAGAGAUAUAUGAUGUCAAUAUGACCGCCGAAAUAGACAUUUUCGAACCUGUUUAAAGAUGGUUUUGAUGUAGGAUGUACAGAAUUCAUUUGUAAAAAUACUACUACUACUACUACUACUGCUGCUGCUGCUGCUGCUUCUUCUUCUAAUAAUAAUAAUAAUAAUAAUAAUAAUAAA